AUGGAUAUGGGUGUGGAUACUCAAGCCUUACUAGAAAAUGCGCCAACACAACCUCAAAAACCAUCAAAAACAGCAACAAUAAAGACCAUGAGAAAAGCAUUCAAAGGAUCAGCACAUCUUGCAAAUCUUCUUCCAACAGGAACCGUGCUCAUAUUCCAAAUGCUAGCACCAGCUUUCACACACCAAGGCGAAUGCCACACCGUAACUAGCAAAUUCAUGACCAUGGCUCUCUUAAGCUGUUGCAGCAUUUCAUGUUUUCUGUUGUCCUUCACGGAUAGUUUCCGGGACGAAAGGGGGAAGGUUCGAUAUGGCGUGGCGUCGCUAAACGGGUUAUGGGUUAUGGAUGGAGAGUCUAUCAAGCUCCCAGUUGAAGAGGCAUAUAAGUAUAGACUUAGGUUCAUUGAUUUCUUCCAUGCAUUCUCUUCCAUUUUGGUUUUUGUGGCGGUUGCACUGUUUGAUAAAAACAUUGUGGGUUGUUUUUUUCCAAACCCUUCGGAAGAAGUGAAGGAUAUUCUAGCAUCAUUGCCCAUGGGAAUUGGAUUUGUUUGCAGUCUUUUAUUUGUUGCAUUUCCCACCCAAAGACAUGGGAUUGGCUUCCCUCUCUCCCGUGAAUAG